GGGGGCGGAGACGGCGGAGGAAGGGGCGGGGGCUGCGCGCCCCUGGUUUCAGGAAGCCGAGUGGGUUCGGGCGGCCGCCCUCGCACUCUGCCGGGAUGAGCUCACCGGGGGCUCGGCCUGCAGAUGUUUAUUCUUUGCUGUGCAAAACAAGCCUUGCCCCAGAGGCAAGUUGUGGAAGUCACGGUGGUGGUAGGAGAGUGGCCUUGCCCUGGAGAGACAGUGCAGGAAUCAGGGGCCGUUUCCGACUUUGGAACAACUGGUCCAAAGGAUGUGCUCCACUCCCAUCUCUUGUCCUUGGUGGUGGUGAGGAACAAAACGUGACAGAAACAGAUGCCUUUUAUAGAAGUGAAACGUUUGAUCCGGCAGAAAAGUACAAAAUGGACCACGGGAAGAGAGGAGUUGCUUUAAUCUUCAAUCACGAGAGGUUCUUCUGGCACUUGACACUGCCAGAAAGGCGUGGCACCUGUGCAGACAGAGACAAUCUUAAACGCAGGCUUUUAGACCUAGGAUUUGAAGUGAAAUGCUUUAACGAUCUUAAAGCAGAAGAACUGCUGCUUCAAAUUCAUGAGGUGUCAACCUCUAGCCAUACAGAUGCCGAUUGCUUUUUAUGUGUAUUCCUGAGUCACGGCGAGGGCAAUCACAUUUAUGCAUACGACGCCAAAAUUGAAAUUCAGACAUUGACUGGCUUGUUCAAAGGAGAUAAAUGUCAGAGCUUGGUUGGAAAACCCAAGAUAUUUAUCAUCCAGGCAUGUCGGGGAAACCAACACGAUGUGCCAGUCCUUCCUUUGGAUGCCGUGGAUCAUCCGACAGACAAGCCGGAUGGCAAUGUAACGGAGGUGGAUGCGGCCUCCGUUUACACGCUGCCUGCUGGAGCGGACUUCCUCAUGUGUUACUCUGUUGCAGAAGGUUACUAUUCUCACCGAGAAACUGUGAACGGCUCAUGGUACAUUCAAGAUUUGUGUGAGAUGUUGGAAAAAUAUGGUUCCUCCUUAGAAUUCACAGAACUCCUCACGCUGGUGAACAGAAAAGUUUCUCAGCGCCGGGUGGACUUUUGCAAAGACCCAAGUGCAAUUGGAAAGAAGCAGGUUCCCUGUUUUGCCUCAAUGCUUACUAAAAAGCUCCAUUUCUUUCCGAAAUCUAAAUGACAGGAGCUAUUUUCUCUUACGCACCUAUGUUCAAAUAUAUUUCCCUUCUUUUUAUAUAAAUAGCUAUCACCAGGCUGCAGCUUGUGGGUCAGCAAUAUAAACUAUUUUCAGGUUUAAUGUCUAACACAGAACUUUUUUGAAAUACUUCAUAUUGGACAUUAAGAAAGGGUUUGAUAUGUAGAAAUGAAAUCCUCAGGGAAUUAUUAUAAAAAUCUACAAUAUUUGUAUUAGUUUAUCUUUUUAGCAAACUGCAGGAUUACUUAUAAUAUCCAUCUGAUUUUAUCUUGAUAUCUGGCUGAUUUUAACUUGUAUUUUGUGACAUGUUUUUAUGAAAGUUUAUUUUGUAAUGUUUUAAAAGGUUUUUGACACCCCAGAAUUAGAUCAUUGUUUUCUCUUAAUUAAUUUGGCAUUCAUGUUUUAUUAAGUUUUUCUAAUUCACAUUCUUAUUCAUGUGUGUAAUCUAUAGUAGACUUAUUCUACUUGGCCACGUAAGUAAGCCUUCAAAAACUUACAUGGCAUUCUAAAGGUGAAAUAUAAAACAGUUAAUUCUUAGUCAACAUAAGCUAAACACGUGCCAAUUUGCUUCUGUCAAUGUCUUCCAUGCUAAGUUGCUAUACAUUUUCCAAAAGUCAUCAGCCACACUCACAGAUUGUAACAGUGAUGGAAUAACAGAUCUUUCUUUUAAAGCUUAUUUCUUAUUAAUACAAUAUAUAGAACUUGAGUAAGUUUUGUCCACAAACUGCCAAAGGCUAAAGAUGAUUAAAUGUUUGGGCUUUGAGAACUGAAACUUGUGAGCUGCUAGUUCAAAAGCAGUAGUUGCAUAUAUGGUUUCAGUUGUCAUUCAAAAAGAGUACCAACAUAGAAGCUUUAAGGUUAGUGACAUUCAUACCUUGUGGUUACGGCAGGGGCUCACUUGCAGCUAAACAGUGUACCCUCCCUUUAAUCCUAACCCCUACCAGUGAAGGCACCACAGGCUUUGCCAUUCCCUGAGGCUCUACUUUCUGGCUCUAAGGACUACAAAAACCACUCCUCAGUUCACCAUCUGGGCAUUUGCCUGGCCCUCUUGGAAACCCUAGUGGCGCAGUGGUUAAAUGCUAUGGCUGCUAACCAAAAGGUCGGCAGUUUGAAUCCACCAGGCACUCCUUGGAAACUGAAUGGGCAGUUCGACUCUGUCUUACAGGGUCGCUAUGAGUCGGAAUCAACUCGAAGGCAACGGGUUUGGUUUUUUUGGGGGGCGGUUCUAGGCAAAGAUUAUACAAUUCUGGCUACUUUUUAAGAGAAACUAGCUGCUGUUACUGAAAAGUUCUUUAAAAACAAAACAAGACAAAAAAACAUCAUUUGUCCUUGGAUGUGAUCAGUAGAAGGACUUAUUUGAAUUUAAAUAUUCUUGCUCAGAUACAGUAACAUUGGUGCUCACAUAUCUGUGCACCAAAGCACCAUUACCCUUUCUCAAAGUCAAAUACUGAAAACACUGAAAUUGUGGAUAACUGAUUAAUGCCAUUAGUGGUAAAUUUAUAGUCAUUUGUGUUCUACUAUGGGUUGAUGCUUGGAGCCCUGGUGGCACUGCGGUUAAGAGCUCAGCUGCUAACCAAAAGGUCGACAGCUUGAAUCUGUCAGCCGCUCCUUGGAAAACCUAUGGGACAGUUCUCUCUGUCCUAUAAGGUUGCUGUGAGUUAAAAUCGACAGCUAUGGGUUUACAGGUAACCCAGUACUUAUAUCUUCCAGCCUAUGUGUGCACAAGCAAAUUAUUUAACCUCUAUGUACCUGUUUCCUCCUUAUAAAACUGGGAUUAAAAAUAGUUUCUUUGUGAAGAAUGAAGAAAACUAAACAUACAAGGGAAAGGUUAGUCCAGAGGACUAAUGGACCACAUCUACCACGCCUCCACCAGACUGAGUCCAGUACAACUAGAUGGUGCCCAGCUACCACCACUGACUGCUCUAACAGGGAUCACAAUAGAGGAUCCUGGACAGAGCUGGAGAAAAAUGUAGAACAAAAUUCUAACUUACAAAAAAAAAGACCAGAUUUACUGGCCUGACAGAGACUUGGAGAAACCCAGAGAGUAUGGCCCCUGGACACCCUUUUAGCUCAGCAAAGUCACUCCCUAGGUUCACCCUUUAGCCAAAGAUUAGACAGGUCCGUAAAACAAAAUGAGACUAAUGGGGCAGACCAGCCCAGAGGCAAGGACUAGAAGGCAGGAGGGAACGGGAAAGCUGGUAAUAGGGAACCCUAGGUUGAGAAGGGAGAGUGUUGGCAUGUCAUGGGGUUCUUAACCAGUGUAAUAAAAUGUGUACUGUUUAAUGAGAAGCUAGUUUGUUCUGUAAACCUUCAUCUAAAGUACAAUUCCAAAAAAAAAAAAACU